AUGGGAAGUGCCUCCACAAACCCCGAGAAGCGCAGGGUGGUCAACGCCUGCUCGCGAUGUCGCCAGCAUAAGAUCAAGUGCACCGGCGACUGUCCCUGCAGCAACUGUAGACAGCGCAAGGUGAGAUGCAAGUUUGAGGGAGAGGAAACCAAAGUUCACAUUACCAAAAAACAUUUUUCGAGUCUGAAGCGACGGACAUUAGAACUGGAGGAGGAGAACCGUGCACUCCAGCAGCAGCUGGCAGCCCUGACCACGACUUCUACCCCAGUGGCCAAACGGAGCACACCGAGUGCAGCCUCGUCCGGGGCUGGGCUUGCUUAUAAUAAUGAGAGUCACGGCAAUGUUGAAGAUGACAAUAGCAGCACAAUGGUUAAUCCCCUUUCCUGCGGACCUCCAAAGUACAUCACCGACUCGGCCGGACGACCGCGCCAUACCUCGAACUGGUCACUUACAAUUCGACUUUUGCACCUGACACAUCAGGCGCUCUACAAAUGUCCGUUUCCCAGUGCUGCGCACCACGUCGAUACAAUGACCUACAGUCUCCAAUGGAAUGGUCUACGGAGCGCGAUCGUAGCCAAUAUCCGUGGCCUUCCGUCACUGGAUCAUGCUCUAUUCUUGAUCAAUGCGACCAAAUUUCGUACAGGCCAGAUGUUUCACCUCUUCGAUGAGGACCGCUUUAUGUCUCAACUCCACCAGUUUUAUGAGGCUCCUGAUCGUAACCUCUACACGGAAAACGUAUGGUUUAUACACUUUUUGGCCAUCAUGGCCCUGGGAAAGGCGUUUAUUGGAGAGAAGAGCUGCGGGACGACUCCACCCGGUGCAGAGUACUUUACGCGGGCAUUCAUGAUGCUGCCGGACUAUUGUUUUCUCUGGAAGGAUCCCUGUGCGGCCGCCGAGGUUCUUUGCUCAAUGGCACUGUCACCGACAAAAAAGACCUCGGACGAUGCCAGAAUGUCUGGUGGACGGUUUACGUUCUUGAACGUCAGAUGGACGGUUUACGUUCUUGAACGUCAGAUGGCGGUCCUGAUGGGGGUUCCCUCUGCCAUUAAUGACAGCGAUAUUACUGCCUCUCUGCCCAUAGAUCCUGACUCAACAGUCAGGACCAUGAACAUGGCAAUACAUGUUAAGCUGUCAAGGGCCUUUAGCCAGGUCGUAAACGCAAGUGCUUCAAAGACUGGCAGAUGUGGCAUCGGAGCUUCGAGAGUACUUUCCUGUGCCCGAUCAGGAGUCGCUGAGUGGCAUAUCACGGGUGUCAGGCUACUUGAACCUGCUAUACCAUCAGGUGAUUUUCGCCUCUACCCGCCCUUAUUCUAAAGCUAA